CCCCGAUAUAACGUGUCAAAACUACGCUAUUGAGGCUAUUGUAAGUAUUAUUGACUGAAUUAGUUCAUUAACUUUUUUUUUUAAAAAGCUUUCUUACAAUGUCAAUUUAUUUUAGUUCAUAUAAUGUCAUUCCGAAAGUAAGAACCUUCUGCGCUGUCUUACUAAGUGGUAGAACAAUCAAUGAUUAUAUCAACAUAAAAAUUAAUAAUUUAAUGUCUUACAGUACCUCAACAUCAUAUCACGUUAAUGACUCUAUAAGCUUAAGUAAAGAAUUGACUUAAUGAUAUAAAAAUAUCGGAACAAUGAGACACGUUAGAGCUUUCCAUUUGAUUUCUUGUUAAACAAGUGUUUGAAAACUGCUGGUCCAAUAACAUACAUACAUAUAAUUAGAGAGAUACACGCAAAUAGAUUUUUGUUAAAGGCUUCAAAACGUCAUGUAGAUUUGGGAGAAUAAUUGGGAAAACAGCCAAAAUAAGUGGACUGUGCUGCUUAACCGGUCGGAACUGCUAUAUAUUCAACCACUGCUGGAUACGGUUUAACCGAAAAUGCCCAAUACACCCGAAAAGUCCUCCCGCGCAGUGAGGAUGUGAGUCAGAAAAAUAGAGAGUGCGAGAGAGCUAGAGAGAGAGUGGCAAAGAGAAUAUAUAGAGAGAGAGACAGUUCGAUAAUGACAGUUAUAUAAAGAGAUAAAGACAGAGAGUGAGGCUGAUCAUGAGAUACGGAGAGCAAGAUAUCGUGUGAGUGAAGUAUGGAGUCUGAACAUAGAAGGAGACAAGAGAUAGACAGACUGACAGAGAGAGAGAGAGAGAGAGAAAGAGAGAGAGAGAGAGAGAGAGAGAGAAACGGAGAGCGAGGGAUCGAAAGUGGGACAGAGAGACUAGACAGAGAGAGGUAUGCAGAGAGGUACAGAGCGAGACAGAGACCGAGAGCGACAGGCAGAAGGAGACUUAAGGUUUAUACAAGUUUGAAUAGUCACGCAAUUCUUUGUUAAAUCAUUUUCGUUUGUAUUAAGUGUGGAACGAUAUCGUAUAUUGUUUAAAAUGUAAUUGGUAGGAUUUACAUCUGACAAAAAUUAAUAUUAAGGUCUGCUAUCCCUAGAACUUAGCCUACAUGUACUAGCCUACAACAUGUUUGACAUGUCAUCUAUUCCCGAUCAAUCAAAACUAAAAACUAAAAUCAAAUUGUAAAUUUUAAAAUAGUACUUAACCCAAAAAAAAUUUAAAAAACAAAAAUAAAUAAGUACCUUUCAAUAAGUUCAUUUCUAAUGUUACGUCGUGAUCCUCUCAAUCAGCGGUUCUCAAACUGUGAUGGACCAUGAGGCAAAUCAGACUACACGCACGGCUGGUUUUCGUGGGGGUGGGGGUCGUGAUUCACAAGGAAAUGCUCCGAUGAAGUUUUAUAGAACAGAUAUCUCUGAUCUCAAAAAUUAAGUUUUGAUCUAGAAAAUGUAUUUAUGUUACCUGAAUUUAUAAAUGGGAUCGGUUAGGCAAUAAUGAGAUCAACUCUGUUGGGUUUCUUUUCGACAAUCCGGCAAAGACGUUUAUAAUUUCAAACAGCGCAAUUAGCUUAUAAAAAAAAAAGACAUCAAGCUCAGUGGUUCUCAAACUCUUCCGGUUUCCGCCCCUCUUGGGCCCAUAAACUCAUCCUGAAAGCACUCCACACCCACUUUUUUUUUUUUGACCAACCUGCCUAAGGGUGUGAACUGAGUGCAUUCGUUUUGCACUCCUUUCUCUUUUGUCUCCAUUUUGACGAUCGGCAAGAAAAUGGAAGAGAAACGAAUGUGUUACAUUUUUGUAUCGUCACAUGUCGCCAUUUUGCUCAGUUUGGUUCCACUAGGUGCAACAAUAAUGGAGGCUUUGCUAUUGCUCUUACUGUUUUGGAUGAAAAGGAAACGUCGAACCCCAAAACGUUACUGGACACACAGAAUUUUUUUACGAAGACGUGAUUUUGGAGAAUAGCAUCAUCUUCUGGAUGAAGUUUUAAGAGAUGAAGAAAAAUGUGUUUCCUAUAUUCGGAUGCGCCCUGAAAUUUUUCAAAUCCUUCUUGAUCACAUUGGACCUCAUAUUGAGAAAAGAACAACGAAUUUUCGAAAACAUUUGUCUUCAAGAGAAAGACUUGGGAUAACUCUACGGUAAGUGGCACAUUGAAGAUGACUAAUGACAAAAACAUAUUUUAGGGCAGGUAGACAGACAGGCCGACGGGUGGGUUGAAAGAUGGAUCGAUGGAUGAUAGAUUGACACUAUAAAUUUACAGCAAAACAAGUGUUGAUGGACAUUUUGCGGCUGGUCUAAUCACUUGCUGAGAGUAAAUUGGGAGAAAUUUUAGUUGCGAGUUAAAACGUUCGGGUUCGAUUCAGCAAAUGGGAGCGGCAAAAAAAGGAGAUGAACGCGAGAGGGGUGCACUCCGUUGCCUAGAUGGAAAUAUGAGACUCUUCCGGUGAUUCGGCAACUGAGAGCAAAGGUCAAACUGGGAGCAUCACGAAGCGGAGAGGAACACGAAUGCACUCAGUUCACAGGUUCACUCAAUUAUUUGCAUUUUCGGUAUUGUAAAAUUAAACGAUACUCUACCGAACGUAUGACAUUGAGUCAAUGUACAAAUAUGUUUCACUUCAAUAAAUUCUAUAAUAAGAUGUUUAAGCGUUCUAAGAUACCAGAGGUGUUCAUGGGAGAUUAUGUAGUGAUGGCAGUUUUGUAAUGGCUGGUGUAAAGUGUCAUCAUAAACCUUUCUUUCGUGUGCUCGUGUAUGAUUAAAAUUUCGGUGUGAACUAAAAUGAUAUUCUGAUUUCACAGUCUGUUUUGGAAGUAUGAUUUUGAAGUCUGAUUUGCUAGUAUGAUUUGAGAGUCUGAUUUGGAAGUCUGAUUUGGUAGUAUGAUUUGAUAGUCUGAUUUGACAGUGUGUUUUUGAAGUCUGUUUUGGAAGACUGAUUUGAGAGUCUGUUUUGGAAGUCUGAUUUGACAGUCUGUUAAGGAAGUCUGAUUUGGUAGUAUGAUUUGAUAGUCUGAUUUGAUAGUCUAAUUCCUAGUCUGCUUUGGUAGUCUGAUUUGGUAGCUGAUUCUUAAUCUGAUUUGGUAGUCUGAUUUGAUUGCCUGAACUGGUAGUCUGAUUUCGUGGUAUGAGUUGGUGGUCUCAUUUCAUAGUCUCGUUUCAUCGUCUCAUUUUAUAAUCUCAUUUAAUAGUCUAAUUUGAUAAUUUCCUUUCGUAGUGUUAUUAUAAGCUCUAACAUAACACAGUUACACCAUGGUAACAAAAAUAAUUUAGAGAUACGUUUUUAAAAUUGUCUUUUUUUCCCUCCUUUAUUUACAAAUUAAAUAUCUUUGAGUUGUUGAAAAGGAAAUUAAAUGUUUUAUUGCUUCAUCCUAAAAAUGAUUUUUAUGUUUACCCCAGAUUCUGUCAUCAGCAACAGUCAGAUAUUUCUCAAAGCAAAUCUGUUGCAAUGGCAACACAAAAUACUGAUGUAACAGACAAAGAGCAUACCACCAACCCUACAGCCAGCCAGGACUAUGACACAACUAUCAUUGAUCACGAUUAUAACAGAAGACUUAAGGACGCCAUAUGCGAGACUUUUAUUCAUCAUGUCACAGACCCAUACAAAUUAAUGAGAUUGCUUCAGAAAUAUAACAGUAACGUUUUGACAGCUGAGGACAUUGUAGGUUUUUGGGGUUUUUUUUUCUUUGCUAAUUUGGAUCUUGAUAAGCUAUCAUUUAAAGAGUGUAGAUAUAACUAUAUCUAGGAUGUUGCUAUAUCUCACCAACAUCAAGAAUUGGAUUUAAAAUUAAAAUACUAAAACCAACAGCGGUUGAUUAUCAAACAAGUCAGGUCAUCUUUAGUUACCUGGUUUUAUUCAACGGAUUUGAUUAAACUAUUUACCUGUUGUUUUGAAGCCUUGCAGGGCAUAUUUAUUAUUUCUAAACAUUCUACCGUUCCAUAAACCACGCACACCCUUCCCCAACUUAUUUUUGUUGUCAACCAUAUUCUUACUCUUGCCACCUACUAUAAUAACUUCUCGACUUAGACUUUUUCAAAAAAAAUUCCCACUAGCCAGAAAACUACACCCGACUUACCGGCGUAAUUUGCUAAAUCCCAUACCAGGUAAACCCUUCCAGCCUCUCAUUAAACAAUGCUCAUGUCAUCCUAGCAAGUUUAUUAAUCCACUUAAACAAGUCAGCUUAACUUAAUUCAUAUACUUUUUUUUGCUCCAUUGUUUGAAAUUUAGCCAUGACCCGGUACAUCAUUUGUUUCACUACUGUGUGCGGUUUAUCAUCCAUAUCUCAGUAAUGCGCAUAAUUUACUGCUCAUUGACUCACAUUAAUCUCCGAUUCGUCUUUAAUAAUGAAAUUUUAAUUUUAAUACCAUUUUUUUAGUUAAAAUUUCAAAUAAAGUUUGCAGAUUUUAUUUGUUUAAGAUCAAGAUUUGUUUACUGAUCUCUUUGGUUUUGUUCUGAUAAUUCAUAAUGAUAUUUUUAAAAAUAUUUUUUAAUAUUUUAACACUGGAAACAGAUGUAGCUAGCAUUCAUUUAAAAAAGAAAAUUUGGGCGUGUUUUAAGGGUUAAUAUUUAUAUGCCAUGCUUGCCAUUUCUUAAUAUUUUGUGUAAUUUAUUUCAAUAACCUCACAUUAGGAUUUCAUUAAAAAUUUGAAAGAUAACAAAGGACCUAUGGCAGCUAAUCAUCAUUUGCUAGAUCGACUUCCAGUUUACAAAGGCUGGUUUCAAUGUUUAUUACAAGCAGUCAAUGACGAGCACAUCAAGUUAGGCUUCCUUCGGGAAGUAUUUCAAGACAUAAAAGGUGUGUAAUUUGGUGUUUGUGAUUAUUUUAAUUCUUCAACUGUAAAUUGCUUUGUCCUUGAUGAACAUAACAUCAGUUAACAACUUUGUUUUGAAUUUAUAAUGGAAUAUCAGUAAAUCAUUUUUAAUCGUCAACACUAUACAUUUGUUAAAUACAGUUCACGAAAGAAAUCGUUUCCCAAGCAUUUCUAGAUAUUUGAACUUAGAAAUUCGGUGACAGAGAAAAAAUUAAGCUCAAAACGGCUGACUAGUUAUUUGAAAAUAGACGUUUAUAUUUCAUUAUUUUUUAACAAAACCAUAACAAUUAUUUUGUCAUAUUCCCCGGGGAAAAUAAAAAGAUGUCUCUUAGUUAUGAUUCAGUAUUCAAGACAAUGGAAACAAACUAAACAUUUAAAAUUAAAGAACACAAAUAAUUUAGAACUUACAAAUUUAAUUAAAUCUUAUAAUCAGAUGAUUUUUAAAACGUUUUUUUACGCCUUCCAUUAACAGCAAUUAUGUUGGUCUACAAAAGUGUUGAAUCAUCAAAACUUGCAAUUAAUUUUUUUUUUUUUUUAAAUUAUGCAACAAAAUAAUUUUUAUGUUACAUUUUUAGCCUGGCAUUAGUAUAGAAAUUUUUUUUUCACAUUGUUAUUAAAAUUUUCAUGGAAAGAUUAUCUUAAAUUCCAAAAUGUCUAUUUAGAUGAUUUGGACAGUCAGUAUUUGUCAGGAAAAGAUGAGGUGAGAACUUUAAAAACCAAUUAAAUUUUUAAAAUAUUUAAACACUUUUGAGUUUUACAUUUUGCUCUGUUAAUUAUAUUUCAUUAAUAUCACUAACAGCCAUCCAUUCAUCCUUUUUGUCAUCCAUACUUCAGCUAGUGUCCACUGCGUAUAGAAUGGCCUGUUAUAUCAAACAUCAUAAAAGUGUCAACACUUUAAAUCAUGGCUGUUUGUCACAUUUGAAAUAUUUGUUUGAGUAUAUUAUCAGAUAGUCUAGCAUUUAUUUACAUAAAUUAAAAAGAAUAAUGUAAUAACACAAGUUGAAUAAACGUACGUUCCGGUUGAAUGACUUCAUCAGCAUAUACAACAGUUAAGAACAAAAGAAAAUUAGACAGCAUAAUUAACUAGCUUGCAAAUAUAUCUACUGGAAGUUUAUAAGCGUGUUAAUUUUGCAUUACGUAAGUUUACAAUAAUUGGUUUUUAUAAAAUUCCAACUUAUUUGAGACGAUAAAGCACCUUAAUGCCAAGCGAUGGUAACAAAUUUUACCAAUGUGGUGUAUCCCGGGCUUAUGGAAUAUAUAGUUAGGCAAGGUAUGUGGCUUUCUUAAAAGUUAUCCAAAGGCGAAAAGAACGAAUAAAACAGAGAAAAAAACAAAUGUAUUUGAAUAGAUCAAUAUGUAAGUUAUCACACUGACUUAUAUUUCAGUAACAGAAAUGGCCAAAAUUGAGAUAAAUAAAAAUCACUUUUGACCUAUUUAACAGGAUGGCCACCACGGAGAAUUUAGAAAAGUUUCGGAUCUUAUUGUUUUACACGCAGGCAUGGGGCAUGAAAAAAACGUAAAUGGCUGCAAGUGGCUUCAUGAGAAGUUACCACGGGAUAAAGUAUGUAAUGAAAGAACUCGUUGGAGCGAUACCGCUACUCUGUUAUAGAAAAAAGAAUGUGUCCUAUCCCAAAGAGUUCGCAUUAUGCAGCUCUCAUCCAUCACCUUAUACGUUUGAUUUAUUUUUAGCCACCUUGAGAAAAAAGAUGGAUCAGACAAACCUGCUUCUGAACUUCGUUUUCGUGAGGGACGUUUGUACCAAUUCUUAUUCUUUUCUUUCGUUUUCCAAACAUUAAUAGAUAGAGCAUGUAUAUCUACAUCAUGUUACAUUUUUUCAACAGUAAGUUAUUUUUAAUUCCGUUGUACUGGUAAAGACAUUAGCCGGUAGGUUUAAAUGUUUAUUUUUGUUUUCAAAUCAUUAAGGCUUUGAUAUCAUACUUUUUUUAUUUGCAAAAAUUGUGUGUCUCAUUUAUCUACGUAAAAAGUUCAUUGCAAUCCAAACCUCUUAUAAUUAAGAUGCAACUCUUUUAUUGAUCCAUAUAAAUAUAUUUUUUUAAAAAUUAAAUUGUACAUAUUCCUUACAGCACAUUCUUUACAGCACAUAGAUAAACAUUCCUUACAUUCAAAAUUUUAAAAAUAGUAGAGGAAUUUAAAUACAAGAUAUUCAAAGUGGAAAUAUCAGCUUAUUAAUAAUGGUGACUCCUGCGAACUUAUUUGAAAUGGUCUACAGCACGGUAAAGAAGAUGGAGCUUGUUACAGAUGUCUUAGCCGGGGUCUUAAGGCGCGACUGCUUCAACCCUCCGCUAUUAUAGGAAUUAGAAUCGGUGAAGCAAUAAAGUAACAUUUUAGACUAACAAGAACUUUGUUUAGCGCAAAUUAACAUCAUUGAUUGGAAAAGGAAAAAUUGUUUUUUUUAAAGUAUUAAAAGAUAAAUUAUUACAUUUCUGAUUAAAUGUUUCAGGUAAUGACUGGCAAUCAGUCUUUUGACAAUGGUAAGUCGUGUAAAUUGACUGGCACUCAGUCCUUUGACAAUGGUAAAUCGUGUAAAUUGACUGGCAAUCAGUCUUUUGACAAUAGUAGUCUUGUUAAAUGACAAACUACAAAAUUGAACAAAAGUAUAAUUGUUUUUUAACAGUAAAAACGGAGAGAAAGCAUCGCAUCAUAACACUGACAAAGUCUAUUUCUUUUUUUUUUUUUCACAAAAGUAUUUGUUGUUAUGUUUCCCAUAUUAUCUUUACAUUCUCAUUUUGGAUAGAAGCAAUAAAAUAUAAAAAAAGUAGUUUCAUGUAAUUAUUUAAAUACUGAUAAACUGAAAAAAAUUAUUGACACUUCUCCUAACACUAUAGCUACAACGCGGCUUGAAUAAUAGCGUAUCAUCGACGCCUAUUUUUAAUGGUUGAAAACAGGAUUGCGAAAGAGCCACUAUGACACUGGUCAUCAUUAAAUAUAUUCGUCCGAUGCAUACAGAUGAUCUCAACUAAAAAUUACAUUGUUUGAUGGGGAAAAAAAAAACUUAAAUCUAAACCGCUGUUAAUCCAAGAUAUUAUAUAUUUCAUGUUUUUAUGCAAAUUUUUUUUUUAGUGGCGUGCAUGCUAAUUUUUGUGUAUGAAUAACAUUUUAAUUUUUUGUACCAGGCAACCUUACUCCAUCUUUGAGCCAACGAAGAGAAAAUAUCAGAAUGAAAAUAACAAUUGGUAGAGUAUUUAUUUCUUCAGUAUGUUACGACCGUCAUAUGUAAAAUAUAACCAGAUAUCUUAUGAAUCUUUAACCUGUCCUUCAUUUUGUUAAUUAAGAAAAAAAAUAAUAAUUUACUAUUUAUACUUUAGAUUUAUAUGAAAAAAAUUUGGGCAAGUCAAGAUGUUAUGCUACAAGUAGACAUUUUGUUCAAAUCUAUUAUCAAUGUUUCUAUCUUCAUUUUUUCUUUGGGCAAUCUGAAAUAUUAUAUGACAUAAUAUUCACGUUAGUGUUCAUGUUUGUUACAUAUUGAACAAACUUUUGCAGUAAUUUGGAAUUGUGUUAAUAGUGGUAUAAAAAGUUAUACUACUGUUUCAAUUUAACUUAUUUUCUGGAUGUGAAUCUAAUCAGCUGGCCUAAACUUUGAAACGUCAAGUCUUUCUAAACUUGCCAUAGUUUCAACUUUCACUAAAACAGUGUUUCUCAAACUUGUUUGCCCCCAUGCCAUAUUUUUAAUGAUACUUCUCAUGUUUAAAGAUUGCUAUUAUACUGUAUUUAACUACAUCAUUAUAAAGGCAUAAACAUUUUAAUAAUACUUCUUGCUAUGUCUACCAUGCGCCAACUAUUUUCAAAUUAUAUUUCAUCAUAAAAGCAUGACUUUUAAAGUAAGGAUAGGUGUUAAUUAUAAAUUGUAUAAGUCUUUUAAAAAUAUUGUGAUUAAUUUAGCAUAAUUAUGAAUUUAAUUGAUUACAUAUUUCUUGAGAUACAUAAAAAGACAACUAAAAAAUGUGAUAUUUAUUUUAUUUAACAAUUUAACGGGCUCAAAAAAAGAUUGCACAUCUUAUCAAACAUAAUUAAAAUCGAAAGCAUUUGUGUUUUCUAUAUAAGUGCUACUUUGUAUGAAAAACAACUAAUUAACUAAGGUUUUUUUGAAAGUAUUAAGACUAUAUUCAUUAAACUCCCAACUGCUUUUGUCUUGUUAAUAUCAGAACAGUAAAAAAAACAGUCCCACCUAUUUGCACGGAUUUUUAAAAAAAUCUAGUUGAUACUCCAUCAGAAAGCUAAACAAAAAAAAAGAUUUUUGUGAACUAGCUGGCCUCUAGCUCGUGUCUCCAUGUAAUUUUAUGGCCUCCUCUCUUUGUUUUUUCCUAGUGAUUUUUGUGUUAUGGAUUGUCUGCUAACGUUAUCUGGGUGUUUGUGGAGAGUGUACUAUUUCCAACUUCAUCUGUUUCUUAUGAUAUCUUCAGCAAUAGACGAUAUGUCAUUUGUAGUAAGUAUUUGUUGGUGAUUGUGUUUGGCAAUUUGAUGAUCAUGAUCUUUCUAAGAAAAGUUUUUGUCAAGGGCUGUACUUUCUGUGUGAUUCUUACCGUUGUUAUUCAAGUUUCAGCGCCAUAGAGUAAAGCAUUUUAAACAUUUGUGUUGAAGAGUCAGCCCCUUUUACUCUCAUAUUUUAUUAAUAGAACAAAUGCUGACCUAGCCUUUCCAAUUCUUGUCCUGACAUUCGCUUCGGGAUCCACCAUUUAUGUCAAUUGUGCUACCUAAGAAUGUGAAGGCCUCUCCUUCUUCCAGUGUAUUUCCUUCUAAAGAGAUAUGCUCUUGGUUGGCUGAGUUUAUCGUCAUGAUCUUUGUCUCGCUUUUAUUUUUGUAAAUAAAAGCAAGAUUUACCAGGACGGUAGAUUUAUGCCAUGCAUCUCGAUGAAAAUGAUAGUUAAUUUUGAUCGUUACUUUAUUCAUUUAAUGUCACCAUGAAUGGUCAAAUAUUUUUACGCCUAGAUGAACAAACUCAACCCCCCUUUUCAACACCUUUAGCGACUGUUUAGCUACAUGGGACAUGAUUCAUCUUUACAAGCCAAGACCCUUCAAUUUUAACCAUUAAAUACCACCAAAAUCCAUUUUAUGAGUAUGUCAAAUCUUCAACACAUAGCUAAGCCACUGCCCACUUCUUACUGGCAACUGGCACUGCCCCAACACCCCCCCCCAAACAAAAAAAAAAGCAUCUGUAAUGUAAAAUGUCUAAGGGAAAAACUGAAGAAAACUAAAAUAGAUCUGAAAGCCAUGCUAUCUGUUCAGUGUAGAACUAUGAGCCAAAUGUCAUUUACUCAUAUGUCACAGUGUUCCAAUAAAUAGGAAAUCAAAGGCCAGAGAGUUGAAAAAUAUUUGCAAUUUAUUUUUCUUUUCAGCUAUCUAUAUUUAAACGUCAAAUAUAAUACGUAUACAUCCACAGAGAGGCUAACAAAACAAAUGAGUAAAUCAAAUGACGCCCAUAGAGGUAUGAGACAGACAUUGUUUUAUUAAAUUCAAUGGAAUAAUAUUUUUUUGAUACCUAUGCAAUAUAUCGUUUCUUGUCUAUGUAAUUUAUUUUUUAGUAUCCUUGUAAUUUGCAGUUUGUUGCUAAUUUACUUUAUCGAUCGAUUUUUGUCUCUGCAAUUUAUCGCUUGUUUCCCAUGGAAUUCAUUAUUUUAUUGUAAUAAUAUUUAUUAUUCAAAAUUAAUUUCAGGGUAAAUUAAUACAAUUCAAAUAAUAUUUUUCGUACGCCCAUUUGCAUUAAAGAGUGACUCAGACAUUUAUCUGCGCUUUUGCAAUUUUAUUGUUAAAGGGAUGUAUUCACAAAUAUACUGAUUGUAAUAAAAUAUGGUAUAUUCAAAAUGGAUAUUAAACUGAAAUUAUUUUUUCAAAACGAUUUACUAACACUUCGUAUUUUACAUAUUUUUGUACGAGUAACUUUAAAUUUCCUGCAGAAGAAAAUUGUCUUUUUCAUUACUAUACGAACAAAUUUAUAGGCUGACUUCUUACAACGUAAAACCUUUCAAAAGUUAAUUCGAUAAGUCUUCAGAAUAAGAUGGUAUGCUAACAGACAUGCUAUAUUCAAAGGAUAAAAUUGCAAUGCAGGUUUUUUUUUUAUUUCCUUACUUUCAAUGAAUUAGAAAUAAAACCACUAAUUCAGCUUAACAAUGGAUGACCCAGAUAGUUUUUAAAGAUAUUUAUGAAUCAUUAACAUUUAUGUAAUUUUAAGAGAUUUUAAUUUCUGUAUUAUUUUUAAAUAGAGCUACAAACAGUUGUGAUUCCACUAAAGCAGGAAGUGUUACAGCUAAACAAAGAAAACGGUAAAAUUAUUUUUUUUUUCAAAUGCAAUUUAUUUCAUUAUGCAAUUUAUUUAUCUUUUCACCCAUCUAUAUUUAAACGUCAAAUAUAAUACUUCUACAUCCACAGAGAGGCUAACAAAACAAAUGAGGGAGUCAAAUGACGCUCAUAGAGGUAUGAGACAGACAUUGUUUUAUUAAAUUCAAUGGAAUAAUGUUUUAAUACCCAUGUAAUAUAUCGUUUCUUGUCUAUGUAAUUUAUUUUUUAGUAUCCUUGUAAUUUGCAGUUUGUUGCCAAUUUACCUUAUCGAUUUUUGUCUAUACAACCUAAUCGUUUGUUUCCCAUGGAAUUCAUUAUUUUGUUGCCUAAGUAAUCCAUUGUUUUUUCCUAUGUAAUACAUUUUUAUUGCCUUUAUAAUUUAUCUAUUGUUACCUAUGUAAUUCAUUGCUUGUUGCCUAUGAAAUAAUUGUUUGCAGCCUAUGUAAUUCAUUGUUUGUAGCCUAUGUAAUUCAUUGUUUGUUGGCUAUGUAAUUCAUUGUUUGUUUCCCAUGUAAUUCAUUUUUGCCUAUGUAAUUUAUCGUUUGUUGCCUAUGUAAUUCAUUGUUUGUUGCCUAUGUAAUUCAUUGUUUGUUGCCUAUGUAAUUCAUUGUUUGUUGCCUAUGUAAUUAUCGUUGGUUGCCUAUGUAAUUCAUUGUUUGUUGACUAUGUAAUUUAUCGUUUUUUGUCUAUGAACGUCAUUGUCUGUUGCACUUUUAAUUUAUCGUUUUAUUCCUUUGUUAACCAUUUAAUGUAUUGUAUAUAAAGUAACUAAAUAAUAGUGUGUGAAAUAUAGAAACUACUCAAUAUUUAUUAUUCAAAAUUAAUUUCAGGGUAAAUUAAUACAAUUCAAAUAAUAUUUUUCGUACGCCCAUUUGCAUUAAAGAGUAACUCAGACAUUUAUCUGCGCUUUUGCAAUUUUAUUGUUAAAGGGAUGUAUUCACAAAUAUACUGAUUGUAAUAAAAUAUGGUAUAUUCAAAAUGGAUAUUAAACUGAAAUUAUUUUUUUCAAAACGAUUUACUAACACUUCGUAUUUUACAUAUUUUUGUACGAGUAACUUUAAAUUUCCUGCAGAGGAAAAUUGUCUUUUUCAUUACUAUACGAACAAAUUUAUAGGCUGACUUCUUACAACGUAAAACCUUUCAAAAGUUAAUUCGAUAAGUCUUCAGAAUAAGAUGGUAUGCUAACAGACAUGCUAUAUUCAAAGGAUAAAAUUGCAAUGCAGGUUUUUUUUUUAUUUCCUUACUUUCAAUGAAUUAGAAAUAAAACCACUAAUUCAGCUUAACAAUGGAUGACCCAGAUAGUUUUUUAAAGAUAUUUAUGAAUCAUUAACAUUUAUGUAAUUUUAAGAGAUUUUAAUUUCUGUAUUAUUUUUAAAUAGAACUACAAACAGUUGUGAUUCCACUAAAGCAGGAAGUGUCACAGCUAAAAAUAGAAACUGGUAAAAUUAUUUUAUUUUUUUUUAAUCCUAGAAAAUGUUCAGAUUUACCCAGUCAAAUAAUUUAGUGCAAUAAUGGAUCACUCUGUGUUAAGCUUUUUUAAAGAUAUAUGCAAUAAAAUAAACUUUCAAAAUAUUUAACUUUUAAUUUCUGUUUAAUUUGUAAAUAGCGAAACUACAACAUGAAUUGAUGACUCUUAUAUUGAA